AUGGCACCACCGUCGCCUCGGCGAUCCUCGAGAGCCCGCGCGACCAAUCCCCAGUCCCAACAGUCCUCCUCAUCCUCGGGAACAGCUGGGCGCUUUGAAAGAAACACCAGAUCGGUCAAUAAACCCUCGUCGGAGAAGUCCACUCCCAGCGCCUCGCUCUCCUCAGAGCCGCUUGACGACUUUGACGACACCCUCCUAGGAAGGAGACGCAAACGCGGCCAGAACGACGACACCGAUCGAAACUCCAGAAGUGAAAACACAGACAUGGCCAAUGGUAGUGACCAGGACGACGAGGACGAGGCAGUCCGCUGUCUUUGUGCCUCCGAGGAAUACCCCGGCCUUCCCCCUGUCGACGGCCCUGACGCCGAGAUUUUUGCAGCCAUUGAUCUCACCGACGAAGUUACUGGCUUUUUCGUCCAAUGCGACAUUUGCAAGGUCUGGCAACACGGCGCUUGUGUUGGUAUAUUCAGCGCCGAAAGUUCUCCCGAUGAAUAUUUUUGUGAGCAGUGCCGCAAGGAUCUUCACAAGAUCCAUACAGCUGCGAAUGGCCGCGAUGCAGCCUAUGAUGACGAACAACUACGUCGGGCGAUAGAGGCGAGCAAAGAAGACAACGCACUCGAGACAGUGGAAGGUGCUGCAAAGCGUGCAAAGCGCGGUCGUAGUGACAGUGAAGACAAUAACAAUGCCGGCAUCAAGCGGCAACGCACUAGUUCUCGGUCGCCCUCACCGCCUACCGAAAAACGAGAGCCUGUAGAGAAACAAAUAUCGGACGACGAAACGGAUACUUGCAACGGAGCCAAAGUGUCGAAGACGAACCAAAACCAGAGAGAAAAAUUGGAGAAAGAAGAGAAAGAACGUCAACGACAGGAGGCCGCGACAAAACGAAAAGGGCGAGCAGAGCGCCGGAGGGCAGAGGACUCGGAACUUUCUGAAGAGAUGCCCUUGGCAGCUGUCAAGUCGGCACAGCAGAAACCGGCGGAAUCACGAAGCAAGGAAGCGUCCCCUGCCAUCGCGCAACCUCCAGGGACCCCUCCGACGACGCAUCCGACAGCCAGCAGUUCUCAUAAAAGAGGAGCUCGGGGCAGCAGAAAGGGGAAAGGUCGGAACCAGUAUUCCAGAGAUCGCGAGCAAGACGACGAGUCCCCUGCGCGGUCCAUGUCUCGGGAUAUACAGAAAGGCGAUGAAGCCACAACAACCGGUCACUCCAAGUCAUCAGUCAACGAACACAAGACGUCAAAAGCAAAGGCAUCCAUGACAAACAAAAUGAGCAUGCUCGAUAUGAAGCGUCGCGUUGCAGCUAUCAUGGAGUUCAUUUCCAGGACGCAAGUUGACCUAGCCGCGGAAGCUUCCUUCAGCCAGAGCAGCAGUGGCCGAGAGACGCCACAGGAAAAGCCUGCAUCGAGCCAACCAAACGUCAACACCGACAAUGGCGACACUCCAGAACCUUCCUACCUGAGUCGCUUCAAAGACUUGAGCUGCAUGGAAAUGAUGGACGCGCUGACACGUGAUAUGGUCAAAUGGCAGAACCAGUAUUCAUGA